GAGAGCAUCGGUCUACCGCUGUCUGCAUCCCUGCGUGCACACCGCCAUGAGACCAAACAUCUCUCAAGCCCCGACUUGGUACCAAGCUCUAGUCCGAGUGCUGAGGACACAGCGGUAGAGAAGCGGACAAAAAUUCCUGCCCUUGUGGAGUUGACAUUUUAGUGGAGGAAGCCAGACGGUGCCCACGGUUAAUAAUACAGCAGAUGGGAUUUUCCACUUAUCACAGACUGAGGAAGGGAGACGAGGCAGGACCUCCAUGCAGAUGAAAGAAGCUGCUGCCUGUAGGAACGUGAUGCCUGCAAAUCAGGGGGUCCCCUCUUCUCUGCUUCAGCAAACAGUUACAGAGCACCUGCCAUGUGCCAGUGCUAUGCAGCGCGUUGUGGGUGUCUCAGGGAACCAGAAAGCACAAGCUUGGCGCAUAAAUGAUCUAGUCACGGGGCCAGAUGAGAAGUAAUCAGGGAGCUACUGGAAUGUGCCAGGAAGGGAGCUUGCAGGGGAGGGGGCAGAGCGGAUCCUCCCUGUGCCCCUCCUCCCGUGGCCCAGGGCAGGGAGUUCUGACAGCAGGAGAAAGGGCGCCAGGGGAGGAGGUGUAGGGAGUGUGCACCACGGUUCCCCAGGGAGAGGAGAGUGGCUGGGUCACGCCCACCCAGCUGAGAACCCAGAGCAGGCAGAGAUGGGGGUUAAUGGGGGGAGCUGCCCAUGGCACCCUUUUCUGCCGCAUGUGCCCAGGGGACACUCCCAGCUCCCUGGGGGUUAAUGGGGGGAGCUGCCCAGGGCACCCUUCCCUGCCGCGUGUGCCCAGGGGACGCUCCCAGCUCCCUGGUGCUCCCGAGAUGUCUCCGAUGUCUGCAAAUGGCAGCGAUGUUGCUAAGCCAGUCCAGCAAACAGCACUUCCCUUUAAUGCCAAAGCGGGGUGCUUUGGGGUUCUGCAGCUUACGAGAAAACUGCAUCCAGGGGUUAGCAACGGAGCUGUCCGCAAAGCUGGGCUGUGUCACCGCCUCACGCUCCAAAUUUCAAGCAGCUACAGUGAGGCGUGCCAACCGCAAAGCGCCCGGGCUGUACACAGAGCCCAGAACAACCCGCUGUUGGCUGCUGGGAUCUGAGUGUUUGCAAGGUUUCUCGGCUCCUGUGCUUUCCCACGUUCGCCCUGAGAGGAAACCUGGCCGACGGCCAGGGUGCACAGGAAGCUUAGUUUGUUCAGACACCGUUCUCCCGUGGAGCAAAGAGGCAGCCCUCCUGCACACACAAACACACACUGUCAUUAACACAUGCACACACGGCACUCAGUCCUGCGCACACCCAUGCAACACACGUGCACACAGUACACACGCACUGCCGUCCCCCCAUGCACACGUGGCAUGCAUUCUUGUGCACACGCGUGCACACACACACGCACGCCUGUGCGCAGACGCGCGGGGCCCCGGCAGGCCCGGCCGCCUGCUGACCGCGGGUCCGGGUCUCCGCGCGCAGCGCAGGGCACGGGAGCUAGAGGAGAAAUGCCGCACGCAGAGUGAGCAGUUCAGCCUGCUGUCCCGGGACCUGGGUCGGCUCCGGGAGCACGCGGGCGAGAUCGACCUGCAGGGAGGCAGCUCCCUGGACGCACCCUCGUCCCCCGGCAAGCCCUUCCGGAGCUUCAUGAACGGACUGGCUCCCUCCGUUGGCAAAGGUCAGGAAAGCUCCACUGGAAGCCGCACUGUGAUCGGUGAAUCUAUCCGGCCCCUCCCGCUCCCGGGUGACAAGCCAGAACCUCUGUCCAUCAAGCCCACCUUUCUGUCAAGGUCUGGUGGCCCAAGAUGCAGAUUUGAAUCCGACAUGGAUAAUGAAUGGAAUUCCAAUACCGCCAAGCAGAGAUACUCGGGGAAGGUCCACUUGUGUGUCGCCCGCUAUAGUUACAACCCCUUCGACGGGCCAAAUGAGAACCCAGAGGCUGAGCUGCCCCUCACGGCGGGGAAGUACCUCUACGUCUAUGGAGACAUGGACGAGGAUGGCUUCUAUGAAGGCGAGCUACUGGACGGGCAGAGGGGCCUGGUGCCCUCCAACUUCGUGGAUUUUGUCCAGGACGAGUCUCGACUGGCAGGCACUCUGGGGAAAGACCAGGAUCAGAACUUCAUCAACCAUGCCGGCGUCGGCUCGGAGGGGGAGCGCAUCCUGGACCUCCACUCCCCGACGCACACGGACUCCGGCCCCUCCGACCACGGGGCGGGGACGCUGGACACGAACAUCGAUGACAUCGGAGAAGACAUCGUGCCUUACCCUCGGAAAAUCACCCUCAUCAAACAACUUGCCAAAAGUGUCAUUGUGGGCUGGGAGCCCCCGGCGGUGCCCCCGGGCUGGGGGACUGUGGGCACCUACAAUGUGCUGGUGGACGCAGAGACGCGCCUGAGCCUGGCGCUGGGUGGCAGGACCAAGGCCCUGGUGGAGAAGCUGAACAUGGCAGCCUGCACCUACCGCAUCUCCGUGCAGUGCGUCACCAGCCGGGGCAGCUCGGACGAGCUGCGCUGCACGCUGCUGGUGGGCAAGGACGUGGUGGUGGCACCGUCCCACCUGCGUGUGGACAACAUCACGCAGGUCUCCGCCCAGCUUUCCUGGAUGCCCACCAACAGCAACUACAGCCAUGUCAUCUUCCUCAACGAGCAGGAGCUGGACGUCGUCCGGGCCGCCAGCUACAAGUACCAGUUCUGCAACCUCAGGCCCAAUGCGGCUUACAAGGUGAAGGUCCUGGCCAAGCCCCACCAGGUGCCCUGGCAACUGCCCCUGGAGCAGAGGGAGAGGAAGGAGGCCUUUGUGGAGUUCUCCACGCUGCCGGCAGGUCCUCCCGCCCCUCCCCAGGACAUUGCCGUCCAGGCCGCGGCCACCCCAGCCACUGUCCAGGUCUCCUGGAAGCCGCCCGUGCUGACGGCCACGGGGCUGUCCAAUGGAGCCAACGUCACCGGCUACGGCGUGUAUGCCAAAGGGCAGAGGGUGGCUGAGAUCAUCUCUCCCACGGCGGACAGCACGGCCGUGGAGCUGGUGCGGCUGCGGAGCCUCGAAGCCAAGGGUGUGACCGUGCGGACCCUCUCCGCCCAGGGCGAGUCCGUAGACUCUGCCGCCGCUGCCAUCCCCCCCGACCUCCUGGUGCCUCCUGCCCCCCACCUGAGAACUGCUCCCACACCGAAGCCAUUAGCAAGUGCCGGAGCCCCCGAUACCAAAGAUGAACACCUGGGUCCGCACGCCGCGGCGCACGAGGCCUGGGAGCUCGGCCGGGCGCCUGCUCCGGCCCACGGGCACCUGCUGGAGCCGCCCGGCCUGCAGGGCUCGGGCCCGGGGCGGCGGUCGCCCUCGCCCAGCCGCAUCCUUCCGCAGCCGCAGGGCGCCCCGGUCUCCACCUCCGUCGCCAAGGCCAUGGCCCGGGAAGCCGCGCAGAGGGUGGCUGAGAGCAGCAGGCUAGAGAAAAGGAGCGUCUUCCUGGACAGGAGCAGUGGGCAGUACGCAAACUCGGACGAGGAAGACAGCUACGAGUCCCCCGACGCCAAGAGGAGGGGCGCGUCGGUGGACGAGUUUCUGAAAGGCUCGGAGCUAGGCAAGCCGCCGCACUGUUGCCAUGGAGACGAGUACCACACGGAGAGCAGCCGGGGGUCCGACCUCUCGGACAUCAUGGAGGAAGACGAGGAAGAACUCUGCUCGGAGAUGCAGCUGGAGGACACGGCCCGGAGGCGGCCCGGCGGCGCGGCCCGCAGUGCCCUCAAGAUUUUAGGAAACCCGGUGACUGCUGGACGGGCUGAUCGGGUGGAUCACGUGGGCCGGAGGUUUCCCCACGGCAGUGCCAGCCGCCACAGGUCCCGGCCAAUGAUGGUCCCGUCUGCCGAUGAGUACGGUGGGCGGAACCGGCUUUCUCCAGACUUCUACGAAGAGUCGGAGACGGACCCUGGGGCGGAAGAGCUCCCGCCUCGGAUCUUUGUGGCUCUUUUUGACUACGAUCCCCUCACCAUGUCCCCGAACCCAGAUGCUGCGGAAGAGGAGCUUCCCUUUAAAGAAGGGCAGAUCAUCAAGGUUUACGGGGAUAAAGAUGCUGAUGGAUUCUACCGCGGGGAAACCUGCGCUCGGCUUGGCCUUAUUCCUUGUAACAUGGUGUCUGAAAUCCAGGCAGACGAUGAAGAGGUGAUGGAGCAGCUCCUCAGACAAGGCUUCCUCCCCCUGAACACACCUGUGGAGAAAAUAGAGAGAAACAGAAGGAGCAUCAGGCAGCCCUCGGUGGCGACACGGAGGAUGGUUGCCCUGUACGACUACGACCCGAGGGAGAGCUCGCCCAACAUCGAUGUCGAGGCUGAACUUACAUUUUGCACUGGAGAUAUUAUUACUGUUUUUGGUGAAAUUGAUGAAGAUGGAUUUUAUUAUGGGGAGCUUAGUGGGCAGAAAGGCCUCGUACCCUCCAACUUCCUAGAAGAAGUGCCUGAUGAUGUAGAAGUCUAUCUUUCUGACGCGCCGUCCCACUACCCGCAGGACACGCCGACACGCUCGAAGACGAAAAGGAAGAAGAGUGUGCAUUUCACCCCUUAAUCAGGCAAUGUAGCCUUCACGUAAGUGAGCAACUGAAGAUACCUGUAAACAUAGCAACCUAAGCUACCUGCAGUGGACCAAUGCGGUAGACUUAAGGCUUCACUGGGGGGGCUAAAAAAAAGAAGAAAUAUGUCUCAAAAACUCACUGGACCUAAAGUGUUAUUGGUCUCAGUUGUAAAGCAACUGAAUUUGUAGUGAAGUAAAUCAUCUUUGAUAAUCAUUUCCUACGAUUUACGUUAAGAAUAUUUGGAAGAGGCCAACAUUGGGAACAUAUUUCUUAACAGGCUAAUUGUUUGUUUACACAGUGUUCCAAUGUCUAGUCAUAAUUCAAGCUGCAUAUUGCAUUGUUAGCCACUCUUGGAAAAAGCACAAGCUAAUAAAAUGUUUCCUCUGGAAAUUUUACGUAAAAAAAAAAAAAACCCGCAACUCAAGAUCGAGUGGAUGAGUAGUGAACACGAGGUGAUCUAGAGCUGGCUCUGAACACUCCCCAUGCUGCCUGGAAUGCAGGCGGCUUUUUCUUAAGUGACCGUCCCCCUACCUUACGGGGAGAGCUGAUGCGCCUCCUCAAAGCACAAGCAAGUGUCCUGAACACGCAGGCGUUUGGCUGGAAGACUGCUUUGUUGGUAUACCAAUGCAAUACCAAGUUUAAUGAAACGUGCAGCUCAAAUGAUUGCAUUAGAUGGAAUAGAUGGUAUCUUCAGGUGUACUUUGGGAUGAUUUAGUAGGUGUUCUCCAUUAGAAUUAGACCCUGAUUUUAAAUCCAAGGAAGCUUGAAGCCCCUGGGCUCCUGUUUGCCUGAUGAAUAACGAGUACUCGCAUUAGAAAGCGCUUUGCUCUGGUGGGGUAAGGGAGCGAGAGGAAAGGUGGUGGUAUUAUAAUCGCAGGCAUGCAUGCGACCGUAAACGCGGGUGAGCCCACGUCGUCAUGCCCGCGUUAGAAUACAGUUCCGCUCCUGUGAGGCGCCAGGAAGCACUCGAGUGCACGGAAACCCUACCGUGUGCUCUGUAUCGACAAAAACUCACCUUUAAUACCUUGGAAAUAAUGAGAGCGUACAAUAAGGGCCUUUAAGCUUUCUUUGAUUGAAAUUAAGGUUCAUUUUAUUUUAUUUAUUUAUUUAUUUUUCUUUCAACCGGUGUGCCAUCUCCAGUAUUUCUCUAGUAUACUAACCCAGGAAUGUACUCAACGUCAGGAUCUCAUACGCCCAAGUAGUUUUCAAAUUCGAAAUUCCCCUUAAGAACGUUUGCCUUUAAGAUUACUGACGGGUACUCAGCCAGUCUUAGUCUCAACCUAAUUCAAAAUGACUCCUUCUUCCUGCUUCUGGUCUUAAUUUACAAAGUCAAUGAUUACCCAGCUCUGUGUUGCCAGAGCAAUGGCCACUCCCUCCCCCGAACACAAAGAAACCGAAAA